UGGCCACACAGCCUUCUCAGGAGCAAGCGGUGUUUGAACAAAACUUCGAAUCGAAUUCUCAAAGAAGUACCAAGCUUUCGCCUGUGUUUCAAUAUUAAAUUUGGUUCUCUCUUCUUGAAUUCCUCCUCAACUGCUCAACCCUCUCCUCUUUCUACUUUGUAUCACUCAAAAGGCCACCCACCGCCGUCCGGAGUGGGAAACUGAGAGAUGACAAAGGUACAUCCGAACAGUUCCGCCUCCGCCUCGGGAUUUGAUAAACAACAGUCGGCCGUGCUAACCGUAUGGAACAAAUCCCUGCUCUUCAACUGUACCGGUUUCACUGUCUUCGACGCCAGGGGCAAUCUUGUCUUUCGCGUCGACAAUUAUGUUUCCGGCAACAAGGAUGAGAUCGUGCUCAUGGAUGCUGCCGGCAAGCCCCUUCUCACCAUCCGCCGAAAGAGACUGAGUCUUGUUGCGGAUACAUGGCUGGUGUACGACGGAGAAACGAUGGCAAAUCCACGGUUUUCCGUCAAGAAGAGGCAAGGCAGCCUUUCGAACUCGAAAUCGUUGGCUCAAGUGAGCCCCGGUAGCGGCGGCAAUCAGGUUCAGGGCAAUACUGGUCGUGGCAGUGGCAAAAGCAACACCGACGACAACAACAACAUUAAUAACAAGAAGUUCUUCUUUUACGAGAUAGAGGGGUCCUACGCACAACGGUGCUGCGCGAUUUACGAUAACAAAAGGAGUUGCGUGGCGGAGAUCAGGCCGAAAGAGGCCAUCGGCGGGGUUGCUUUCGGCGUCGAUGUCUUCCGCCUCAUCGUACAGCCGGAACUCGAUCCUUCUGUGGCCAUGGCACUUGUCAUCAUACUCGACCAGAUGUUCAGCUCCAAACGCUUCUCCGGUUUUUAGUCACAAUAAAUGAAUAAAGGGAAAAUAAAUAGAGGGACGAGGACUUGUUUCCAACUUCCAAGUAAAUAUUGGACGGACCCGAAAGCUAGAGCCAGACAAGACAAGGGCUGCCUGCUAUAGCUAGCCUAUUACACCGGGGUCUACCAUCCGAGUCUGUUCACAAUCCUUCUUUUUCUCUUCUACUCCUCCCUUCUCCCCCAUAAAUCACAAAAAUUUUGCCUGUUUACUAAGUUUUAAGUUUUUUUUUUUUUUUUUUUUUUUAAGCAUUACGAGCUCUCUCUUUCUCCUCCAUUCCAUUUUACCAUAUACACACACAUCUUUUUUCCUUUUUCUUUCCUUCACGUCCGAGUUCCGACUCCGUUGCUGCAUGUACCGUCGACACUCAACACCUCUCUCGUCUGUUUUAAAACAGUGAAAUAGAUGUCGACCACUGCCAGUAUGUGCAGCAUCAUAUAACCAAACCUUCUUUCCGUUCGAUGCAGAGCUUGGUUUUUUUCCUUUUUGUUACAAGAACCAGGCUGUGAAAAGGGAGAAAUGGGUCGUGGCAUGUAAAUAGUUUUGGCCAUGUGCCGUUUUUUCCCCACUAGAAUUUGUAGGACACUACAAGCACAAGGCCAAACAAAAAGUCUCGUUGUACAUUGUAAGUGAAUAAAGGAGUUUUUCUUUUUUUGAAAGUUUACGGUAAAACAAGGAUCCCUGGUCAUGCAGCUGUGCCAGACAAAAGUGGCCUGGAAAAAGAUUCUUUUCAAUACCACUAACCCUUCAAUACGAAAACCUUUGAUUAUAGAUCUGUUCGAGAAUUAAUUUUGUAUGGUAUUUGAUAUAUAUAUUUGAACUUCAUUUAAUUAGUUUUUAUUUUGAAUA